CUGCCCCAUAUCGCCACCUCCUGGUUAGCACUCGCUAUUGUCGGCAGACUGGGAUGUGGUCAUCAGCUGUUAUUCGCCAUCAGCGGCCCUAGUUGUGAUCCAGAACCAGCAGUGACGCACGCGAGCUCGGUCGUCCGGUAUUGGAGUGCGCAUUGACAUCUUGACCCAGACCCCGGCUACUCUCCGGAGUCACCAUGACCUCCUCACCCUUGUAUGCGGCUCUUCUGGGUCUCCUGCUGGUUGUGGACGCGCAGGAACCCCAGACAGUGUUCUUGGAUAAACAGCAAGCCAGUGCUGUGAUUUCCCGCCAUAAGAGGAGCGACUCCUCCAACCUGGAGAAAGUCUGCAUGGAGAAGAUAUGCACCUAUGAAGAGGCCAGAAAAGUCUUCCAGGACUCAUAUCGAACGGACAUCUUCUGGUCCGUCUAUGUUGAUGGAGAUCAGUGCUUAGACAAGCCGUGCAAAAACGGAGGCAUGUGUUCUGACAGCGUGGGAGGCUACGACUGCAUCUGCAAGUCAGGCUUCACCGGAAUCCACUGUGAAAACGAUACCACGUUGUGCACGCUGGAGAAGGACAAGGGCUGCACUCAGUUCUGUAAGCCGGGCUACACCAGCCCAGAGUGCUCGUGUGCGCACGGAUGGAGGCUGACCAGCGACAGGAUCACGUGUGCAGCGGCAGUGCCGUACCCUUGUGGGAAGGUGUACAGUCAAUGGGACGAGAGAAAGACCACCAACGCAGCCAGUGGCUAUCUGGGACUCCCCUGCAGGGGUACCGAGUGUCCCUGGCAGGCCAUGCUCAAAGAUUACGGCUCAGAGGACUUCUGCAGCGGAGUCAUCCUGAAGGAGAACCUGGUCUUGACUUCAGCUCAGUGCGCCAGCAAGUUCAAAACCUUCCAGGUGGUCGUCGGUAAACGCAAGAGAACAUUUGAUGACGACGAGCAGACGAUUAACGUGAAGAAGGUUACGCUCCACCCGCGAUACGUGGAAGGACGUGCUGAGUACGACCUUGCUGUGGUGGAGCUCCAAGGUCGCAUCACUUUCACGCGUGAGGUGGUCCCUGCUUGUCUGCCAGAGAAAGACUUCGCCGAGAACUUCCUGUUGAAGUCUGCCGCCUUGGUCACCGGCUGGAAAACUGGCGAUGACUCGCCGCUGAUGUUCAACCACCUGGAGUACGAGAGUCUGAGCCAGUGUUUGCAGACUCACCCUGAAAUCAUCACCAAUAAAAUGGGCUGCACCGGCGCUCGCGCGAACGCCGACUGCACCAUGGGCAGCGGCAGCCCCCUGCUGGCCCUGCACAGGGGGGUGGUCUACCUCACCGGAGUGCUGAGCGAGCCGGCGGGACUCAGCUGCUCCAAAGGCUACGUGUUCCAGAAAGUGUCGCGAAAUCUCGGCUGGAUUCAGAAGUUCAUGAAAAACUAGAUGGAGUUGAUUUUUUUUGGUCAUUCAGUCAAGGAUUCAAAAUGUCAAAAACAAUGACGUGUGUUCGGCGAUAUAAGUGAUGCUUUCCAGGCAAUAGGAACAUCCUUGCAUUGCUCCACAAUACUCACAUGUUAUUAACAUUUUAAAAUCCUGAACUGAGUGUAGCCCCGACGCUUCCGGCUAGAGUAUUGAACGUGUUACGCAAUCCCUAAUGCAAUUCCCUUUUCGACCACCAGGUGUCUCUCUCGCGCCACUACACCGUCCUUAUGUGACAGGCGCUGUGCAGUAUUCCGCUCGUCUUUGUUUUAAGAUGCUUAAGAACAACUUUAUUGAACACUGUAUGUAUGUAUGAAUUUCUGUUUGUAACAGUAAUCACCGUUUUUAUGAAUGUAAUAAACCACCCAAUGAAC